GUGUGCCCAGCUGGCGGAGGUGGGCAGCUCCGCUGAGGCCGCACCCGCUCCUGGUGGAGAGAGCCCAGUGCCGAGAGCAGGCUUUCCCCAGUCCCCGGCCUUCCCCCGCAAACUCGCCUCUGCUGACCCCGAGGACGCGGCCCGGACUGGCCAUGGGCAACGAGCAGAGCGCCUCGGAGAGCCAGAGGACCUCGUCAGCUCCGAGUCCGGGAUCCCUACAGCCACCCAGGAACAGUCAGAACGCAGAGAGGAAGCCGGAGGAGCAGCCCCGAAGCGCGGACCCUGGAGACUCGCCCAGCGUCGCGCACGGAGGCGCCUGCACCGCUCCUGAGGGCGCGGCCGGCCAGGAUCCCGGCAUUGCAUCCCUGGAGGUGACUGAGCUGAGGAAGCACCCACAGGAAGCCGGGGGCCCAGGCGGCUCUCCACGGCCCAGCCCGCCAGCGCCCCGGGAGCCAGAGAGCACCGCCAGCUGCAUGCCCGGGGCCGAGGACCCCCCCGGAGCUCACGCCAGCAGCCCCCCCACGACGCCUGAGGACCGGCCCCCUGUUCAGCCCCUCGCUCCGCACCCCGGGGGGCAGCCUUCUCCAGGUGCCGAGGGAGACGGCCUGGCAGCGCUCGCCCCUUCCGGAGGGCGGAUGGAGGGGGCACCGGGCGGGGAGGCCGGCCAGCCCUGUGGCGUCCCGUCCCAGAGGGAAGAGCCUGCAGGUGACCUCGCUCCGCCCGCCUCUGGGCGGGGGGCCGCUUCUGUCCCGGUGCCCCCUACGAGCCCUCCUGCAGCCCCGUCCGGCCAGGGGAGCUCAGCGGGCCUGGAGCAGUGCCCCCCGAGGUCUGAGCCCCCCAGCCCCCAGGAGCCACCCCCCAGAACCCCCGGCGGAGGGAGCUGCUCAGCAGAGAGGCCGCACCAGGAUUUCGGCGCGGACUUGGGGGCCUGCCGCCCCACGGGGAGCAUCUCUGGGGCCGCCCCCCAGGAAAGCCGCCAGGACCCGUCGCCUCCUGCCCUGGCGCCGGGGGCUGGGGGCUCUGGGCCGGAGACUGUAGAUGCCAGUGAUGCUCAGUGCCCCUCAGAGACACGGGUGCCCGGAGCCACGCCCCGUGAUGCCGUCGGCAUGUCCGCGGGGGGCCCACCCGAGGGGGCUCUGCUCGUGGGCACCCAGGAGCCACAUCCCGCCGCCCCGCCCGCCGCUCAGGCCCCCGUGGCCGCAGAGGAGACGGUGUCCGGCCCCGAGGUGCCCGCGCUUACUGAUUCGGCCCAAGAGCCGGCAGAUGCGGGGUUGGCCAGACAGGAGCCCCCGUCAGAUCUCAGAGGUGUGGGGGACGACCCUGCCCGUGCGCCCCAGAAGGAGAGCGGGAAGCCCUGGGACACGGAGCCAAGCCACGAAGUCCAGCAGGGGGUGCUGCCCCCGCCCCCCAGUGCAUCGGAUGAAGGCGCCAGCCAGUCACCGGGGCCACAGGAUGAGGCCAGGGCCCCUGAUGGUCCCGGGGGAGAGGAGCCGGGCCCGGAGCCUCCUGGCGGGGCAGAUCCUGGGGACCUGGGGGGAGAGCAGCCCCAGGCCCUCGGCGGCAGGCCUGACCCCCAGAUGGAGAAGGAGGAGGCCUCCCAGGUGACCAGUGACGGGAGCCAACGUGGGGCCGGGGACUUGCUCAUUCUGGGGCACCACCAGCAGGACAGCCCGGCCCGUCUGGGGCGCCCAGGACCAGCAGCUGUGCCCUCGGGGUCCCCGGCAACCCCCCAGCAGCCAGGCCAGCCAGGGCCAGACGCCGCGGCCUCUGAGGUGCCCGGGGAGGAGGCUCGGCCGCGUGAACGUGAGCGAGAGGCCUCUCGGGGUGACCCAGGCCCUGCGGUCCCGGGUGCAGACCCUCCCCAAGUCCACGCGCCCCGGGCACCGCGGGAGGAUGCGAGCCUGCCCACCCGCGGAGGAGAGGGGCCGGCCUCCACGUCGGAGUGUCAGAGGGAGCUCCCCAAGGACGGGCUGCCUGGCGCCCCGAGUUCAGGCCCCAGGGACUCGGAGCCGGAGAAUCCAGCGAUGGAGCAGUCAGAGCUGCCCGCGCUCGGGGGGCCUGGGCCAGAGGCGGCGGGCAGUGCCAGCCAGGCCUCCGGGGCCCUGCUUCCUGCCGCGGACCCCCCGCAGGCCGCGCCCCUGGCAGGGGGCCUGGGCACCCCGGAGAGCCGUGCCGGGCAGGGCCCUCCCAGGUCCCGGCAGGAGCCUGGAGCGCGGGAGGCCGGAAGCCAGCGUGGAGCAGCGUGUCCGGGCGACGCGGGCGAGUCUGAAGCCGAGGAGGCUUGGCCCCCAGGCCAGGGCGUGGGCACCACGCAGGGGACAAGUGGGAACACGGUGGGGGCCCCGCCUCGUGGGCCUGACUCAGGAGCUCCGGGGGGUGCAGCGUGCUGCCUGCCCGCCCCGGCGCCCGCCCGCCCCGGCCUCACACCCACAUGGGGUUCCCCGGAGAGGGAGGCCGGGGGUGAACCCCAGGACGGCGCCCCACAGCCGGUGCUCGCCCUGCGGGAGGAGAUGGACACAGAGGCCCCGGACCGUCUCGGACGUCGCCCACCCGCGGAGGAGCCGGGUAUGGAAGGUGCGGCUGCCCGGGCCGCUGGGGACGCUGACAGAGGGGACCUCGGGGUGCAGCGGCCUCCAGACCAGCCAGGACGAGGCACUCUGAGCAGUGGCACCCUUCACCCCGAGCAGCGGCCCUGCCCCGGGGAGCAGGCUCCUGCCCCGCGUGAAGCCAGCCACACCAAGCUGCCCUCUGCCAGCACCGUGGGCACUCCCGCGGCCCAGGUGGACACUCCCUCUGCCAGCACUAUGGGCACUCCCACGGCCCAGGUGGGCACUCCCGCGGCCCAGGUGGACACUCCCACGGCCCAGGUUGACACUCCCGCGGCCCAGGUGGGCACUCCUGCAGCCCAGGUGGACACUCCCACGGCCCAGGUGGACACUCCCACGGCCCAGGUGGACACUCCCGCGGCCCAGGUGGGCACUCCUGCAGCCCAGGUGGACACUCCCACGGCCCAGGUGGGCACUCCCUCUGCCAGCACUAUGGACACUCCCGCGGCCCAGGUGGGCACUCCCUCUGCCAGCACUAUGGACACUCCCGCGGCCCAGGUGGACACUUCCGCGGCCAGCACUGUGGACACUCCCACGGCCCAGGUGGACACUCCCUCUGCCAGCACUAUGGACACUCCCGCGGCCCAGGUGGACACUCCCGCGGCCCAGGUGGGCACUCCCACGGCCCAGGUGGGCACUCCCACGGCCCAGGUGGACACUCCCACGGCCCAGGUGGACACUCCCGCGGCCCAGAUGGACACUCCCUCUGCCAGCACUAUGGACACUCCCGCGGCCCAGGUGGACACUCCCGCGGCCCAGGCUGUUCCCAGCCCAGAGCGGCUCCUGCCCGCGGGGCCCCCGGCGGAGGCUGCCCGGGACACCCCUCACCUGCAUAUCGAUGGCGCCCCCAGGGAAGGGGCAGAAGACGGUCCCGGCGGUGAAGGCCCUUGUCCCGCGGUGGAGCCCCUGUCUGCCUCAGGAAAUGUCACCUCCGCCUCCCGGACGCUGGCUGCCGGCCCCCUCGCCUCCCUCGCGCUGCCCGGGGCAGCCGGUGGCGCUGACCCUGUGGCCGGGGCCUCCGAGGGGCCUGGGGACCCCGUGCCCGACCUGGACAGCAUGUCGCCUCCGGCCAGUGGGGAGCAGAGGACGGGGGAGGAGAACGCAGCUCCUGGAGCCGGCCCCCGGGCCCCCGCGGUCCCUGCGAGCCCUGGCAGUGAGCGGGGCCCGGAGCGCAGCGGGGACAGGACGGAGGGGCCUCCCCAGGACCCAGGCGGGGGCGCCUCGGGUGCGGUGGACGCCAGCCCCAGGCAGAGCGGCCCCACCGCCGGGUUCCCCGACUUCAGGGAGCACAUCACCAAGAUCUUUGAGACGUCUGUGCGCGGAGCCCUGGCCGACCGGCCCCAGCGCGCACCUGCACCUGGGGAAAAGGCGGGGGCCCCCAGGAGCAUGGGGGGCAAGGACCUCGAUGGGCUACUGAGCCCAGGGAAGCUUCCAGAUGGGACUCCAGCCGCGGCCACAGCCCCUGCCCUCGCCCCGCCCGCUGGCCUCCGCGUGGACGCAGGGCCGGGCUUGGGGCAGGACCCGCCAGGUGCCCAGGCAGGCAAGGUCGUGGCUGGGCGCCCACCGGUGCCGAGGGACAGCGGGCAGCCGGAGGGGGGCAGCGGCCGGCAGGAAGCAGCCUCGGGUCCUUCCUCGCCGGAGGCCCCGGUGGAGGAAGCUGCUGGCGCGCAGGCGGCUGCCCGGAGCCACGGGGAAGGGGCCUCGGAUCCAGACGACAGAAUUCCUUCUGGAGAGCAGCACCGGCCUCGAGCAGAGGGCGCCUGGGGCCCUGCCCCGCCCGCAGCUCCCGGGGACGUGCCCUCGUCCACCUCUGCCCUGGGGGCCCCUCCUCCCCGUGGCGAUGCUCUGACCGGGGCCGAGGCCGCCCCCGAGCCCUGCCUGGCGGGUGAGAGGCGUGGCGGUGCUGCUGGGAUCUCGGAAACACAGAAGCCAGCAGCAGCGGGGGACGCCCCCCCGGGGCCCGGCCUGGCGGCAGGAGGUGCCGUCGCUCUGAGCACAGCUGAGACCGGGGCCCGUGCACCCGGGGAUUUUCCGGGGGCAGGUGCCAGGAGGAUGCCCUCUGGAGUGCCUGCCGCCUGGGGACCGCCCGGGGGCCCGGGCAGCCCCGAGGGGCCCCAGCAGCCCGCGCCCGAGCUGCCCACUCCCCUGGGGGCCAGGAAGGCAGGCGUCGCCUCACCUCCAGAACCUGAAGAAGCCGGGGACCCCCACCUGGCCCCGGAGGCCGCCCGCGAGCAGAGCACCUCCCCGGCCGCUGCCCGUGCCGCUGGCCCUCCGCCGGCCUCAGGACCUGCCCCUCCGCCCUCCGCCUCGGCUGCUGAUGGCGUAGAAGCCUCGUCCUGCCAGGGUGCGGCCACGGACCUGGGCAGGAGUUCUGACUCGGAAGAAGCCUUUGAGACCCCGGAGUCGACGACCCCUGUCAAAGCCCCCCCGGCCCCGCCCCCGCCGCCCCCGGAGGUCGUCCCGGAGCCGGAGGUCAGCGCGCCCCCCUCCCCGGAAGAACCAGGCGGCGCCGAGCCGGCCCCCGGCCCCGAUGGCCCGUGCGGCGCCCCCGCGGAAGGCAGCCCGCUCCGGCCCCCCGCCCACUCCUGCUCCGCCGUCUUCGACGAGGACAAGCCCAUAGCCAGCAGCGGGGCCUACAACCUGGACUUCGACAGCAUCGAGCUGGUCGACCACGCCCGGAGCUCGGGGAGCCCCGCGGGCGCGCGGAGGAGGUCCCGGGACGCCGGGCCCCCCGCCCGGGCCGCGCUGCCCCGCUCCCUCAGCCUGCAGGCCGGCGACCUCGAUGGUGCUUCCUGCUCGGGCGACGCCGAGGCCGCGGCCCCGGCCCCCGAAGCGAACGGCGACUGUGGUUCCCUCAGGCGGACGAAGAAGCCGCGGCCGCCUUCCCUGAAACGCAAACAGCCCCCCGCGCCGGCCGAGGAGAGCCCCGGGCCCGGCGCCCCCGAGACAGACACGGCGUCUGCCCCCCCGGAAGCUCCCGCACCCGCCUCCGCCGAGGAGGCCCCCCCGGAACCCGCCGCCGUGCCCACGGCCGCCUGCCCUGCGGACGCGGUGGGCGCAGACGUGGCCGUCCCCCCGGGAGGGGGCAGAGCGCAGAACUCACCCCCUGUCGGCAGGAGAGCGGUGCCCCCGGCCCCCGAGGCGGUGGGGGUGACCCCAGCAGAGAGCGGGGCCCCCGAGGAUCCCCCGGCCAGAGGGCUCUCCGUGCGGCUGGAGUUUGACUAUUCGGAGGACGGCGUGCAGGAGACCGCCCCCGCCCCCAAAAAGCUGGGCAGGAAGCCGGCCGCCAGGAUGCCCCAGCGGAGGCCGAAGGCAAAGAAGGGCCCCGAGAAGCUGGACGGCGCCCCGGCCUCGCCCCCCAGGUCCCCCGCCGAGCCCGGCGACACCCCCGUCGCCCGAGGCUCCUAUACCUUCGACAUCGACAAGUGGGACGACCCCAGCUUCAACCCCUUCUCUUCCGCCUCGAAAAUGCAGGAGUCCCCCAAGCUGCCCCCGCCGUCCUACGGCUUUGCCCCCGACGCCUGCGGGGAGCCGGCCGACCCCUGUCCGGCCCCCGGCUCGCCUUCUAAGUGCCCGGCCUCCUUUGAGAUCCCCGUCGGCGCCCCCGACGGCCACGGCGUGGACGGGGACGGGCUGAGCAAGCCGGCCAAGAAGAAGAAGACGCCGCUGAAGACUGACACGUUUAGGGUGAAGAAGUCGCCAAAGCGGUCCCCUCUCUCGGACCCACCCUCUCAGGACCCCACGCCCGCGGCCACGCCGGAGACGCCGCCGGUGAUCUCGGCCGUGGUCCACGCAACGGACGAGGAGAAGCUGGCGGUCACCGGCCAGAAGUGGACGUGCAUGACGGUGGACCUGGAGGCCGACAAGCAGGACUUCCCGCAGCCCUCGGACCUGUCCUCCUUCGUCAGCGAGACCCAGUUCAGCUCCCCCACCGAGGAGCUGGACUACAGGAACGCCUACGAAAUCGAGUACAUGGAGAAAAUCGGCUCCUCCUUGCCCGACGACGACGCCCCGAAGAAGCAAGCCCUGUACCUGGUGUUCGACACGUCGCAGGAGAGCCCGGUCAAGUCUCCGCCCGCCCGGAUGUCCGAGUCCCCGACGCCGUGCUCGGGGCCGAGCUUCGAGGAGGCCGAAGCCCUUGUGAACGCUGGGGUGAAGGGCCCCCCUCCGGCCCCCCGAGGGCUGGCCCCCAGCCAGGAGCCGCACCUGCCGGGGCCGGGGCCGGCGCCGGAGAAGCCCUCCCAGAGGGAGCUGGAGGCCAGGGCCACGGGCGCCGCGGCCGAGGGGAUCGAACUGGCAGCUCCGGAGGGCGCCUUUGCCUCCGCGGACGCCCUGCUCAGCAGGCUGGCCGACCCGGCCUCGCUCUGCGGCGCGCUCGACUACCUGGAACCCGACUUAGCGGAGAAGAACCCGCCCGUGUUUGCUCAGAAACUGCAGGAGGAGCUAGAGUUCGCUGUCAUGCGGAUCGAGGCGCUGAAGCUGGCCCGGCAGAUCGCGCUGGCUUCCCGCAGCCGCCAGGACGCGAAGAGAGAAGCCGCUCACCCAGCAGAGGUCUCCAUCUCCAAGGCAGCCCUGUACUCCCGCCUCGGGACCGCGGAGGCCGAGAAGGGCCCGGGCCUCCUCUUCCCGCCGCCGCCCGACCUGGACUCCGCGCUGCAGGUCGCCCGGGCAGAGGUCCUCGCCAAGGAGAGAGAGGUCUCCGAGUGGAAGGCCAAGUACGAGGAGAGCCGGCGCGAGGUCAUGGAGAUGAGGAAGAUCGUGGCCGAGUACGAGAAGACCAUCGCUCAGAUGAUAGGCAAGCCCGAGGACGAGCAGCGGGAGAAGUCGGUCUCCCACCAGACGGUGCAGCAGCUGGUCCUGGAGAAGGAGCAGGCCCUGGCCGACCUGAACUCCGUGGAGAAGUCCCUGGCCGACCUCUUCCGGAGGUACGAGAAGAUGAAGGAGGUGCUGGAGGGCUUCCGCAAGAACGAAGAGGUGCUGAAGAAGUGCGCGCAGGAGUACCUGUCCCGCGUGAAGAAGGAGGAGCAGCGGUACCAGGCCCUGAAGGUGCACGCGGAGGAGAAGCUGGACAGGGCCAACGCUGAGAUUGCCCAGGUCCGGGGCAAGGCCCAGCAGGAGCAGGCCGCCUACCAGGCCAGCCUGCGGAAGGAGCAGCUGCGGGUGGACGCCCUGGAGCGGACGCUGGAGCAGAAGAAUAAGGAGAUCGAAGAACUCACCAAGAUCUGCGAUGAGCUCAUCGCCAAAAUGGGGAAAAGCUAACUUUGAACCGAACCUCUGGCCUCGACCGUUGCGUGCAAUAUGCCCGUCGGCGCCCGGCCGUGCUCCCAGCCGGGGCAGGCGGUUCCCGCCGCGGACGCUGCCGGUCCCUCGCUCAGCCCCGGGGACGUGGCCGCACGCAGUGCGAGGGGACCGGCGGGACGUCUUGCCAUCGGGUUGCGUUUUCCCCGGGAUCGCUCGUAGCGCGUUGACCUCAGAGUUCCCGCGUCGGGGAGAUGGUCCGAGUCUCUCGCGAGGGACGCGGCGCUGACCCGGGCCUUGCCCUUUGACCCCGAGUUCCCGGGGGAGUGGCUCUGGGGUUUGAUACAGACACGUACAGCGUGCACAGGGACUCUUGCCUUAAGGAGUGGACACUUCGCCCGCGGCUGCCGAUUCGUUUUAAAGAAGAGAAAAUGCAUGUUCGAGUUCAGGUCUCUGUUGUAAAUAAAAGCUUUUCUUGGAUCUUGGCAA